AGGCGUCGGAGCCCUGGUUGGAGGAGCUCGGCCGUCACUCGCUCCGGUGCCGGGCCCGCGGCCGCCAUGGGCGUCCAGGGCCUGACGGGCUUCCUGGAAGAGCGCGGAGCGUUCUUCAGCGACCUGCGGCUCAGAGACACCAAGCUGGUCGUCGACGGGAGCAACCUCUACCACUGGCUGUGCUUCGGCUCCGCCGUCGACUUCCGCCGCGGCGGCGACUACGGACUCUUCGCGGCGGCCGUGCGCGACUUCUUCGGCAGCCUGCGGGCCUGCCGCAUCGCCCCCUUCGUGGUGCUGGACGGCGGGCGCGACGCCGACGACAGGAAGCUGCGCACGCUGCGGGAGCGCGCCGCCGGGCGGCUGCGGGCAGCCCACGGCCUCUCCCGCGGCGGCGGCGGGUGCCUGGUGCCGGUGCUGACGCGCGACGCCUUCGUGCAGGCGCUGGGCCGCCUCGGCGUGCCCUUCGUGCAGUGCUUCGCCGAGGCCGACCGGGAAGUCGCGGGCCUGGCCAACCGCUGGGGCUGCCCCGUCCUCUCCCUCGACAGCGACUUCUACGUGUUCGACCUGAAGGCCGGCUACUGCCCCCUGAGCCACUUCCAGUGGCAGAGCGUCCGCGCGGGGGACGGGGAGCGGGGCUGCUACGUUCCCGCUCGCUGCUUCUCCGCGGAGAGGCUCUGCAGGCACUUCAGUCACCUCAACAAGAGGCUGCUCCCUCUCUUCGCCGUCCUGAGCGGGAACGACCACAUCGACCCGGCGGCCCUGGACGCCUUCUUCAGCAGGGCGCGCCUGGCGUCGGGGAAGGGAGGGAAGAGCGCCCGCCUUCAGGGGCUGCUGCGGUGGCUGGCGCAGUUCGCGGAGCCGGCGGAGGCGGUCGACGGUGUGCUGAAGUACCUGGAGAAACACCGAAGAGAAGAAAUAAGGACGCUUCUAUGCACGGCCAUGGAGGAUUACGUUCCAUCGGAUGAAAAUCUGGAGGACUUUUUUAAGAACGGAAAGUACGAGUGCGAGGCUGCCAGGAAAGCUGACUUACCACAGUGGGUGCUCGAUGCUUUGGCAAAAGGUAAGCUGGCUCCCUUCACCAGCAAUGUCCUGACGCUAAGAAGUACCUUUCUCCCUGUUCAGGUAGAGGACAUGGAGAAACCUAGCGCACACAGGGCAGCUUUGCCCAUCCGACAAGUUAUCUAUGGACUGCUUCUGAAUGUAUCUCAAAAUACUGAAGCUGCUUCUCCAAGUAAGCAGACCAACAAGCUGCCGGUUGUAUGUGAAUUUGACAGACUCCAAAAGACACUUAAGAAAACAUUUGUUCAAGCAGCAAGCCUACCCACAGAGUUUUGUGAUGAUCAUUUUGCUUUGGACAAGAUAAUGGAGGUGCCCAUGUCACGCCGCCAGAUGCUUUUGCUGGAGACUCUAGGAGUGAAAAUGAGUUUCCUGGAACCUGUCCCCAGUCACUUACAACUCCCUGUUGCUGUAACCUGUUACUGGAUACGCUGUUCAGAACCAGAAGUUAAGUUGCAUCAGUUAAAGGCUUUACUUCUAAUGAUAGUAUCUGGAGAACUGGAAAGGAUAACAAAUGAUCCAGAUGCUGCAGUUCUAUGUGCUGAAGAUGACAGUAUUGCAUGGAAGGAGUUUCUAAAAUGGAAUGAAAACAAACUGCAAAAUGAUGGCUUUGAUUUAGAUGCUGCACACAGUUUUUGCCAGUGGCAGUGCUGUCUUCAGAUGGGAUUGUAUCUCGACCAGCUACUAGGCACUCCUCUCUCUGAGCCAGACCUCAGUAGGCUUUACAGUGGAACACUUGUGCAUAGGCUGUAUCAAGAGCUUAAAUCAACACCUGCAGUGGAAAAUCUGUUUAGUUUAUCUCCAAAAAUGACUCAGCUUUACCAGGUGUUGCUAAAUACAGUGGAGUCAACUGUAUCUCCAGAAUUCUUUCAGAACAUGACCAAGACCAAAUCCAAGUCCUGCAAAAAGAAGAAAACAUCUAAUAAGGAAAAAAAGUGUGCUAUAUCAGAAAGUCAGCAUUUAUGCACUGUUAAUAGGUUUGCAUUACUUGGAGUCGAUGACUGAAACCAUUACUCCAAGAGUAAGUUUUAAUGCCAUGCUGAUGGAAGAAGUUAUAUGAAAAUAUAUGACUGUAUUGGAAUUUGCUGUUCCAAAGAGUCUCCUUCUCUGGAGACAUUAAAAACCCACCUGGAUGAGUUCCUGUGUGACCUACUCUAGGUGGUCCUGCUCUGGCAGGGGGUUGGGCUAGAUGAUCUUUCGAGGUCCCUUCCAACCCUUGAGAGUCUGUGAUUCUGUGAUCAAUUCUUGCUUCAGGGAAGUUUAUUUACUUCUUUUUUUUGUAAAUAACACUCAUAAACAAGGUGCUGUAUAAAA